AUGGUCAAGUCGUCUCAUUGGUCACUACAAUUACCGCCGGAAAUUGUGUAUGAAAUACUUUCGUACCAAUUUAGGGACUUGAUGUCUAAUGAUCAUCCCCCUAGCUCAGAGAAGUUCCAUAGCAAUUUGAAGAUAUUCUUAAGGAGUAAUUCUACUGUUAAUAGAACUUUCAACCAUGUAUGUCGUGUUCUAACUUAUCGAUAUUUGAAUUUUACCACAGCUAGAAGCUUUAAUAAGGUGUUGGAGUUGUUGAAGGGGGAUAAGACCGGUCUAAACAAGCUUAUUCAGGUUGUUGAUUUUCAAGAAUUGAGUUCUAUUGGAUUGGGACGAACCCAAGAGAUGAAUAAGAUGAUUAAAAACCUAACUAACGAAACGUUGUAUGAAUUUUUACAGUUAACAGCGCAGAAUUUAAGGGAAUUUUUGGCUAGUGAACAUAUACAAGGGGAUUUCGAUGAAAAUGUGAUUUACUAUUUGCUACGUCCAGGAUCUACAUUGAAUGUUGUUGAUUUUUGCGGAUGUUCAGGUUCUAAGUUUACGGACACUUUUAUUAAUGUGGUAAACCGCUUAUAUGAUGGUAGUACAGAUGAAGUGCAGGAACAGAAUUAUCAGUUGACUUCGUUGGGUCUAAACGAUUGUACAGACUUGCCUACAGCUAUUUUGGGGAAACUAUUGAAAUAUCUUCCUGAACUACAAAAGUUAGAUUUAUCUCAUACGUCUAUUGACGAUUAUACAUUGGUAAAUGAUUUACCUCAUUGGAAAAAUAUAACGCAUCUAUCUCUUGCAGAAUGUUCCCAGUUGACACCCAGGGCAAUCUUAGAAUUUUUCAGUUACCAACCAUCGAUGACUGAUGAUAAGAAUUGCACUUUGCAAUGGUUAAAUUUAAAAGCUCACAAGCAUACUUCUUCGUGGACUGAAACACAGACUAUGUUCUUAUUAAAAAAAUUAUGUCGAUACGGUCAUAAUACUACAUUAGAAUACUUGAACAUAGAUGGAUUACCCUUAAAUUAUUCUGAAGAUAAUAGAGUUAUUAAAAUGGCAUUAUAUUAUCAAUGUCAAGAUACUUUAAAGUUCAUUAAAUUGAAUUUUCCAAAAUUGAAAUCUUUAAGCAUUAGAAAAGCAAAUGUCACGGUUUCCAGGUUAGUCAAAUUCUUAUCUCCAUUUGAAGAAAAUGAUAUUGAUAACAUUGAAUUUUCUUCUUCUGUUCCAUCUUUAUCAUCUCAAACAUUUGAAUCUACCCAAAUUCCUGUACAACGUUUAAAAUUCUUGGAUAUAUCUGGUAACUCAUGCCUAAAUAAAUGGACAAUGGGUGAUCCUACAUUAUUCACAUGUUCGGAUUCAAUAGUCGCUUUUGAAUUGCCAUUUGAAUGUUGGGAACAGAUCGAAAGCCGUCGCAAUUCGGAAGCUGUAUUUAUGAAGCCAAAAAAUACGUUUGGUUAUAAUGGCAAACCCUAUUCUUAUAUCAUUCAGGAUUUUUCCACAGUUGACCAAGUUAAGUGGAAAUGCUAUCUUGACGCUUCUUAUGGUAGGAGAUAUUGGAUUUUCAAAACGGAUGCAAUUCUAAAUGGCGAUGAUUUGGACGCUCGUGGAUCUAUUACACGGUAUGAUACACAGGGUAACAAAAUAAUUGACAUUACCAAACAACCUGACUUCUUGAAGUUCGCUCAAAACAAAAUCAUGUUAGGUUGCGGAAUUGUCCCCUUAAGUGGUAUCCGGCGUAAGAAAACUUACCGAGAAACAAAGCCACCAAUUUCAAGGUUCUUUGGUAGAGAUGGGAAAAUCUCUAUGGGUGGCAGUCUUAUGAUUCCUAGACGAACUCCAAGAUUACCCCGAGGCAUGUGGAGAUUAAUGCACAGCGAUCAAUACACCAGGGAUGUAGACAUGGACGACUUUUCCGAUGGAUUCGGCUCGAAUCCAGACAUGUUGUCUUCCGUAAGCAGCAGCGAAUAUAAUUUCGGAGUACUACCGCUGGUAAGAAGAAGCGGAACAAGAGAUGGUCUAUAUUUGGAUCGUUCUGUAGCCGACCUUAUUAUGGUGGGCAUAAAUGAAACCAUAGUACCAAACAGUGCCGACAGUUACAUUACUGUGGGUAGCAAUCAUGCAAAUAUAACUUCCGAAGACGCAGAGAGCAACUACGACUAUUUAAAUAACCCGGAUUUACAAAGAAGAAGAUCGCAAUUCAGCUUGUUUCGCUUUGGUUCACGUGCUAUAACUAACAAUGAUAGCAUCCCUGCACACCCUCCUAUAUUAACAAGAGCAUUAAAAAGCCACAACAUCAUGGGAAACAGCAUAUCCAGCCAAACAGGAUCCAUACCAUCAUCAUAUAAAUACCUAGAAGAUCAGAGUCCCCUAAACUUCUCUCCAGAAACUAACAAACUAUACAAGGCAUAUUUCCAACUUGUUGAAGAAUAUGAAGUUUUUGGUUGUAUAGAGAGAGGCAUGUACCGAUACUAUAGCUUAAGGACUUAA